AUGUACGAGGCCGGCGUAUGGCGCUCCGAGGCCAGGCGACGAGAGAUUGGCGACGAUGGCGCCGAAGGAGCCGAGGGAACGCCCCUGGAGGCGCUAGCUGGCGAUCCAGAGAGAGAGCUCACAUUGGAGGUGUUGAGCUUUGGUGGUUUCAAAGGAGACAUCAGCGGCGUCGAAUUCGAGGCCGAAGCCGACUGGACACUCGGUUUGUCCUUUGGCGGAGGAAUUGGCCUGGACAGCGAGGGUCUUUGCCGAGGAAGCGAGGAGGAGGAGGAGGAGCUGUUGUUGUUGGACGCUUUGCGGUUCCGCUGGGGGUUCCGCUGGGGAGCUCGCUGGGGAGCGUUAUCUUUCCUCUUAAACAAGAACAUUACAAGUUAG